GCAUUGCUAAUUGACAGCAUUCUCCAUUCUACGCACUACACGACACGAGACCACCAACAACGAGAAUCCGCACACCCAACACCAAAGGUCGCCAUGGAGAGCCUCCAGCUGGCGCAGAUGCUUGCCGACCUAAGCAGCCUCAACGCAGCCGAACCCAACGCGGCAGCCGCUCUCGUCACCGCAAACAAGGCCAUCCAGACGGUCGAGAAGACCAGCGCCAACCCCGCCGCCCCCGGACUGCCCAGGCGGCCCACCGAUGAACUCCGCCGCGUUCACACGCACAGUUCCCAGACCUCACGGACAGGUACAGGCACCGCUUCGCCUGCCCGCGUCGACAAGUUUGGCCGUCGCAUCAUGAUGAGCCCGCCCGCCUUGUCGCGCUCCAACUCAGCGCAGGGCUCCAUCCCAGGCACGCCCAAGAGGGACUCUGAUGCCGAAGACGAUAUGGACCGCGCAUCGACCCUGAUGGCGCUGUACGAGAUCCGCGCGAAGCUCAAGCAGCAGGAUAACAGCAGCCUCAUGAAGGCCCGGGAGAAGAUCGCCGACCUUGCGGCGCGGCAGCAGCAGCAGACAACGGCGACGCCUGGCAAGAAGGAGCCCGAGAAGAUUACGUCCCGGUUCACGUUUCCGAAAUAAGCGAGGGUUUUCUUUUCAGGUACACGCAUACCUUUUUCAACAUAAGCGGCGGUACGGCGUUUGGGGAGUGUGGACUCGAUCUGGUUUCAUUUUCGACAAAGUCCGGCAUGGUGGGAUACUAAAAGUCACGACGAAUCGAUGUUUACGGGUCAC